AUGGCCAAAUCUGUGAACUCAACUGACCCGUGUUCCAAAUUGAGGCAAAUUAAUCAAGUGCACAAGAAUAAGAAGACAUCCAACUCGCCAAAUCAUCUUAGUAUUCCUUCUUGCCGACAAUCUCGAUCGACUGUGAUCCAUGUGAUAAUCUUCAUUGCUUUUAUUGGUGCUCGUGGGUUUCUACUAUAUCCAUCUAUGAAACUUGUGUUGUUCAAAACUGUAGAAAUUGUUGAAGUAAUUGUUUAUGUGGUGAAAGAUGAGAUUUUUCAGGCUCUGAUAAUUUAUGAGCGUUUAGGACUUAGGAGGAGGGAGAGAGAGACAGAGGGUAGGAGGAGAGAGAGGAAGCGCCUUACUGAGACUGUAAGGGAUUUCAGAUGGAGAGGAGGCAGCCAAAGUUAA